AUGGAGAAGAGCGAGACGACGCUGGAUUUAGCUGCUCGGAGAUUCGUGAGGCACUUGGAUUUCACUGCCGUACGUGGAGGUCCGGCGUACUUGACAUUGUCGCCACCGAUGCCACGGCCGCAAAAUAUUCUACAGUUGCCGACGCAGUCGUGUUCUCCGGCGCAAUUGACAUUGGAUUUUCAGUCAUUAAGUCAACGGCGGUGGAUACCUUCACAGCCACGGUGGCAACAGCAGAGGACGUCACAGUCUCCGCCGGUGAUGUCAUACUUACAAUCUCCGCGGCCUCAGUUAGUUUCGCCGGUCCGUCGUUUACAACAUCCCUCACAGAAACUUCUGGUGAAAAGAAAGCACGAGUCUUCUAGAUCACAGCCUCAACAUAAUGCAGGAUUAAAGGACAAUACUCCAAAGAAACAAAAACACUGUAACUGCAAGAAUUCUCGAUGCCUUAAAUUGUACUGUGAGUGCUUUGCAGCUGGGAUCUAUUGUGAUGGUUGCAACUGUCUGAAUUGUCAUAAUAAUGUGGACAAUGAGGCUGCCCGACAGGAGGCAGUUGGAAUAACUCUGGAAAGAAAUCUAAAUGCUUUCAGACCUAAAAUUGCAAGCAGUCCACUAAAACCAGAAGUUUCUAUGGAGGAAGUGUCUGAAACUCAAGUUACAGGAAAGCACAAUAAAGGAUGUCACUGCAAGAAAUCUGGUUGCCUUAAGAAGUAUUGUGAGUGUUUUCAAGCCAAUAUCCUCUGCUCUGAAAAUUGUAAAUGCAUGGACUGCAAGAAUUUUGAAGGAAGUGACGAACGAAGAGCAGUUUUCCAAGAAGAGUAUAGACUAGUACAAAUCAGACAGGCAACUAAUGCGGCCAUUAGUGGAGCAGUUGGACCCUCCAGCUCUGUAACCCAUAUAACACCCAAAAAGAGAAAAAUCCCAGAAAUAUUUUCUGGCAAAUCAUUCAUAGAUCAAACUUUUGACAUGACGGCUCAAUACCAACAGGGUCACCAUUCAAAUUCAGCGUGUUUGGAUUUGAAAGCAUGUGAAACUAAUAAGGAAUUUGAUCCCACAGCUUCAUCUCCUUUAUCUCCGCUCGCUUCCUUUGUUUCUGACACCGCCAAUACAAUAAUUCCAGGAUCUUCAAUAUCUACAUACAGGUCUGUUUUGGCUGAUGUCCUCCAGACACAGAAUGUGAAGAAUCUUUGUUCACUUUUAGUUGUUCUCUCUGGAGAAGCUACAAAGAAAAAUGCAGAAAUGAGAGGGAAAGAAGUUAGAAAAAUAGAGACCAGGAAAUCUGAAGCUUCUACUGCUUCAUCGGCUCAAUCGUUGCAAGACAGUCGAGAAGUUGUCACGCCUGACUGUGAGAAUCAUGCAAAUAAAGAUGUACCAGAUGCAGUUGAUAUUGACAUUCGAAAGAUGCCAUUGUCACCGGAAACACUUGAAUUGAUGUGUGAUGAACAAGAUGUGAUGUUUUUCGAUAAUGUUUCUGCAAAUGGAGUUGCAAUUGGCAACACUGAACAUAACAUGAAUCAGAAGUCUUCCAAUUCGGAUGGAUGCACAGAUACUUAUGCAGAGCAGGAAAGGCUUAUCCUGACCAAGUUCAGGGAUGUUCUUGGUGGACUCAUUACUCUUGGUAACAUAAAAGAUUCCAGAAGCAGAAAGUGGGAGCAGAAAUAA